CGCCGCCCUCGGUGAGUCAGGGCAAGGCUGGGGAGAGGAAGACGCGGUAGAAGCGGAGUGAGUGAGGGGAGCGAUGGGCGCGGGAAUGGCCGGCCCACGGGUCGCAGGAGACGGGACGCCAGUCCUUCGGCUCCGUUCCGCUGGCUCCGUCGUCAGUAAUGACACCUCGGGCUUGUAGAGCACUUCACGCAGUGCAAAGCGCUCCCGUGUAUAUCAUAUCGCCUCUCGGUCCUCCUAAAAGUCGUAUGAGAUGGAGCUGGAGGAGGGGAAGGCAGGCAGCGGACUCCGCCAAUAUUAUCUGUCCAAGAUUGAAGAACUCCAGUUGAUUGUGAAUGAUAAGAGCCAAAACCUCCGGAGGCUGCAGGCACAGAGGAAUGAACUAAAUGCUAAAGUUCGCCUAUUGCGGGAGGAGCUACAGCUGCUGCAGGAGCAGGGCUCCUAUGUGGGGGAAGUAGUCCGGGCCAUGGAUAAGAAGAAAGUGUUGGUCAAGGUACAUCCUGAAGGCAAAUUUGUUGUAGAUGUGGACAAAAACAUUGACAUCAAUGAUGUGACACCCAAUUGCCGGGUGGCUCUAAGGAAUGACAGCUACACCCUGCACAAGAUCCUGCCCAACAAGGUAGACCCGUUAGUGUCACUGAUGAUGGUGGAGAAAGUACCAGAUUCAACUUAUGAGAUGAUUGGUGGACUGGACAAACAGAUCAAGGAGAUCAAAGAAGUGAUCGAGCUGCCUGUUAAGCAUCCUGAACUCUUCGAAGCACUGGGCAUUGCUCAGCCCAAGGGAGUGCUGCUGUAUGGACCUCCAGGCACUGGGAAGACACUGUUGGCCCGGGCUGUGGCUCAUCAUACGGACUGUACCUUUAUUCGUGUCUCUGGCUCUGAAUUGGUACAGAAAUUCAUAGGGGAAGGGGCAAGAAUGGUGAGGGAGCUGUUUGUCAUGGCACGGGAACAUGCUCCGUCUAUCAUCUUCAUGGACGAAAUCGACUCCAUCGGCUCCUCGCGGCUGGAGGGGGGUUCUGGAGGGGACAGUGAAGUGCAGCGCACAAUGCUGGAGUUGCUCAACCAGCUUGACGGCUUUGAGGCCACCAAGAACAUCAAGGUUAUCAUGGCUACUAAUAGGAUUGAUAUCCUGGACUCGGCACUGCUUCGCCCAGGGCGCAUUGACAGAAAAAUUGAAUUCCCACCCCCCAAUGAGGAGGCCCGGCUGGACAUUUUGAAGAUUCAUUCUCGGAAGAUGAACCUGACCCGGGGGAUCAACCUCAGAAAAAUUGCUGAGCUCAUGCCAGGAGCAUCAGGGGCUGAAGUGAAGGGCGUGUGCACAGAAGCUGGCAUGUAUGCCCUGCGAGAACGGCGAGUCCAUGUCACUCAGGAGGACUUUGAGAUGGCAGUAGCCAAGGUCAUGCAGAAGGACAGUGAGAAAAACAUGUCCAUCAAGAAAUUAUGGAAGUGAGUGGACAGCCUUUGUGUGGAUCUCUCCAAUAAAGCUCUGUGGGCCAAGUC